AUUCAUAGAAUAUUUUAACUUGUCGCUAAGUCCCAGAGAAACAAUAAUUAUCUAAAUACUUGCGUAAACAGUAUUAUAUUACUCAAGUGUAUAUUGUAUCCCGCUAUCAUUAAUUGAUAAGAGCUGCUCGAACGCUGUUAAGUUUGGAAUUAUUAUAUGUGUUCCCCUUGCGUAGUGAUGUCGGAAAAGUGAAAUAGUUUUAUUAGUUUUUUUUUCUGUGUUUUUUUUUUAAAUAAUGUUGUCCCUCGCGCGUGUCGCCAAGGAGGCUCGAAGCGGAAGGAGGUUUUACACCGUGGUUGGGUUGGACAGGCUGCCAGCAUCUAUUAAAAACAAAUUGAGAUUCGAGAACAUAAACAUCGAAAAGCGCCAUCUAGCGAGUGCGGACAGGAAACAGCAAACCUUUACCGAUAGAUCCCAGCUGAAGUAUGCUAGAAGGCUGGUAGUGAAACUUGGAAGUGCAGUAAUCACCAGGGAGGAUGGCAACGGUCUGGCGUUGGGACGCCUGGCCUCUAUUGUUGAGCAGGUAGCAGAGUGCCACCACGAGGGGCGCGAGUGUAUCAUGGUGACGAGCGGCGCGGUGGCCUUCGGGCGACAGAAGCUCACGCAAGAACUGCUGAUGUCACUGUCGAUGAGGGAGACCCUGUCGCAAAGCGACCACAGUCGGGAGGACGCGGGCAGCACGCUGGACCCGCGCGCCGCCGCCGCCGUGGGGCAGUCCGAGCUGAUGGCCAUGUACGACGCCAUGUUCUCACAGUACAACGUCAAGAUUGCACAGGUGCUCGUUACAAAACCGGACUUCUACAACGAGGAGACGCGCAAGAACCUGUUCUGCACCCUCUCCGAGCUGAUCUCGCUCAACAUCGUGCCCAUCAUCAACACCAACGACGCCGUCAGCCCGCCCAUGUAUAUCCACGACGAUAGCGUAGUGCCCGGCACUGGCAAGAAGGGUAUCGGCAUAAAGGACAACGACAGUCUCUCGGCGCUUCUCGCCGCAGAGGUACAGUCGGACCUGCUCAUCAUGAUGUCGGACGUGGACGGCAUCUACAACAAGCCGCCCUGGGAGGACGGCGCGCGCAUGAUGCACACCUACACCACCCGCGACAAGGACCAGGUGCAGUUCGGCCAGAAGUCCAAGGUUGGCACCGGAGGUAUGGAUUCGAAAGUGAAUGCAGCUACGUGGGCCAUGGCUCGCGGCGUCAGUGUUGUAAUCUGCAACGGCAUGCAAGAAAAAGCCAUCAAAACUAUAAUCAGUGGAAGAAAAGUUGGAACUUUCUUCACGGACCAAGCCACUAACUCAGCAAGCUCAGUCGACGUUAUGGCGGAAAAUGCUCGAUCUGGAAGCCGAACUUUACAACAACUGACUCCUCAAGAAAGAGCCACUGCCAUUCAUUCCCUAGCUGACCUUUUACUAGAGAAGAAAGACCUAAUAUUAGAAGCUAAUGCUAAAGACUUGGAUGAAGCCACCAAGAGUGGUCUAGCUACACCAUUGUUAAGCAGAUUGUCACUCAGUAAGAGUAAACUUGAAACUCUGUCAACUGGUUUGAAACAAAUAGCAGAUUCUAGCUACGAUAAUGUAGGCAGGGUUUUGAGGAAAACAAAACUUGCCGAUAAUCUUGUUUUGCAACAAGUAACAGUACCAAUUGGUGUACUCCUAGUCAUAUUUGAAUCUCGACCUGAUUCACUACCACAAGUAGCUGCAUUAGCUAUGGCAUCGGCUAAUGGACUUUUAUUGAAGGGUGGCAAAGAGGCAGCUUAUUCAAACAAGGCUCUCAUGGACUUGGUGAAAGAAUCACUGAGUGGUGUUGGGGCAGAGGACGCAAUUUCAUUAGUAUCAACUAGGGAAGAAAUAAGCGAUUUGCUCACAAUGGAAAAACACAUUGAUUUAAUUAUACCCCGAGGUUCUUCAGAUCUUGUUAGAAAUAUACAGAAGCAGUCUCAGCACAUCCCUGUAUUGGGACACGCUGAAGGCAUUUGUCACGUAUAUUUGGACAAAGACGCUGAUCCUCUCAAAGCAUUGAAGAUAGUUCGCGAUGCGAAAUGUGACUACCCCGCUGCUUGCAACGCAAUGGAGACAUUGCUUAUUCACGAAGACCAUUUGAAUGGAUCUCUAUUCACUGAUAUCUGUAACAUGUUGAAGAAAGAAGGUGUGAAGAUUCACGCUGGAACUAAGCUGGCUGGUCAGCUGACAUUUGGACCUCCUCCUGCUAAAACCAUGCGUCACGAGUAUGGUUCACUGGAAUGCUGUAUUGAAGUUGUCAAGGACUUGGACCAUGCUAUUGAUCACGUCAAUAAAUUUGGCAGCUCUCAUACGGAUGUGAUCGUCACAGAAAACCAAAGCUCUGCCAAACAUUUCUUGAAGGCCGUGGACAGCGCGUGUGUCUUCCACAACGUGUCUUCACGAUUUGCUGAUGGCUUCCGCUUUGGUCUAGGUGCUGAAGUUGGCAUCUCUACAUCCAGGAUCCACGCUAGAGGACCCGUUGGCGUGGAGGGAUUGCUCACUACCAAAUGGAUUCUGGAAGGAACCGACCACACAGCUGCAGAGUUUAACGAAGGGAAAAGAAGUUGGGUGCAUGAAAAGUUACCCAUAAAUUGACUGUUGGGUCGACAGACGAGCCAUUUUCGACAAAUGAUAAGAUUUUUGAAAAUAUUUAUAGGUCUAAUAGAAAAGUCACGUUCUUAGAAAAAGGAAAUAAUUUCUGUGAAUAGUGAAGUUAUGUAUUAAAUGUAUAUAGGUAAUAUAAAUACCCUUUAGAAUUAAAACGAUACAACAUAAUAUGCACUUAAACACACACGUAAUUGUGAUUUAAUAAAAUAAAAUAUUUAAUUAGUGUAAAAUCUAAAGGGGAUAACCAAGUAAAGUUAAGAUUUUUGUAAAAUUAAAGUAAAUAUAAAUAAAAAGUAUAUUACUUAA